AAUAUAUCAACAUAGAUCUAAAGUAGAAAGCAUCUCUCUGUGAAGACUAAUCUAACAGAGGUUGGGAAGGAAUGAAAGAAGAAAGUCUUAAGAGGGAUUAAACCUGGACAGGAAGGGCAGACAUAAAGAAAGCCUGGUUGUGCUGGACACCAGGCUCAAGCAGGAAACACCACACAGUUUUCACACGGUUUUGUAAGGCUGACGGUUUCUGAGAAGAUGAGUCUGUGAAGAGCGGUGUAAUGUCGCCGGUGGUGGACGAGACAGCUGGGGACCUCCCAGUGAGGGAUGUGGGCAUGAUGAGAGGGGGACUGAUGCCAACUGUCCCAGAUACUCUACGGGAUGUCAAGUCCUGGAAGAAGCAUCAUGUCAUGAGGACAAAAGCAGACCCUCAGCGCCUUUUUCGAUUUCCCAGAGAGCACCUGGAGGACCUGUGCCUCCGACUGCAGGAGGAGAACAGUGUGCUAAAACAACACACACGCACCCAGGACCAGAGACUACGCAGUAUGUCUGCAAGGCUAAUGCGUCUUCGUCAGACCAGUCCUGGCUCCAGUGGUGUUAAGGAGAGGGACAUGGAGGACACAAUACAGGAGCUGGAAGCCCGAGUGGCAAUGCUGGAGAGCCAGAAAGGAGUGCUGCAGAACAAACUCAGCCUGGCCAAGCAGCACAUUAUGGACCUGGGAGCUCGCACACCCUACAAAUUCAGCAAAGGUAAAAAUCUGGACGGAGACGGUGGAAUGAGGAGGGCAGCCCAGACUGCACCACCUCGAUAUGGCCCUACACUGGAAGACACCAGGGCAGAGAUGGAGAGGUUCAGGUCCACUAUGACAGAACAGGUGAGGGUGGCAGAGCUGGAACUAACUGCCCAGGCGCUCAGAGACUCACUGAGAGAGAAAGAGAAAGAGAUUGAGGGGACCUUUCGAGAGAUGAGAAAGCAACAGGCCGACAGACACCGAAUAACUAUCAGGGAGAAUGUGGAUUUAAUCCGUCUGCAAAAGCAGCUUUCAGAAAAGAGCGCUGCCCUGAGAGUUACAGAGGAGAAAUUCACCAACCUGCAAGAGGCUUAUGAGAAUCAGCUAGAAGAGACUCAGAGAUCAAUGAGGGAAAGUCAGGGAGCUCUGCUGGGGAAAGUGGAGGAACUGACUGAACAACUGAAACAGGAAAGACAAAAAGCUCUGGAACUAGAGGGACAGCUUACCAACACGACCCUGUCUCUGCAGACCCUUGACAAGCUGCAGGAGAGGAUAUCAGACCUGGAAGGAGAGAGGGACCUGAUUAAAAGGAACUAUGACACGCUGCUAGAAAGUACUUUAUCUUCUCAAAGCAACCAUGAUCACCAGGUGGAAAAAGAGAAAGAAGUGCUCCAGACAAGCCAGAAGCUCGGGGAAAAUAUCAGCAGGAUGGAGGAAAUGCUGCUGGCAGAGCAGGAAGACAGACGCAGGCUGGAAGUAGAGAAGGAGAAACUGAGACAAGAGAAGGAGAUACUGGAGGAGCAGAUGGAGCAAGAACGAGAGCUUUCCUUGUCUAUGAGAGACAAACAAGAGCAGCUGGAACAAGAGGUGUUCCGGUACAAGGAGCAGGUCUCUGCUCUGCAGGACAGGCUGGACUCUGUGAGCAAGGAGUUUGACAUGAGCGUUGAGGAGCUGAGUGAAACCCUUCUGCAGAUCAAGGCAUUUAGAAUGCAGCAGGAGAGCAAGGAGGGUUUGUGCUUCCUCCUGGCUGAUGGGAAGUUGGAAGAUUCACCCGGCGAGCUGGUGAAUAUCCAGGCAUCGCAUGCUGAGACUGUGCUCGAAUUACAGAAAACCAGAAACCUUUUACUGCUGGAGCACCAAAUCACUAAAGACCUGCAGGAAGAGUUAAGUACAGUCAGUCAGAAGGUGGAGAGAGAGAGAGAGGAGAGCAGGAGGAGGAUUGCAGAGAAAGACAAACUGCUAUCAAAAAGAGCUCUGCAGAUGAACAGUUUACAAGCCCAGUUGAAAGAGUUGGCAUACAGCCCCAGGAACUACAAACGUACCAUACCAGUACAGUACACCUGGCCAGUUGGAGAUCAGGAGGUGGUGGAGCCCAUUGAGGAUGACAUGUCAUUCUCUCAGCUCAAGGCUGGGGAGUCGCUGCUAGAGAUCCACCUGAAGGCUGCAACCUUCACCCCAGCAGGACUGCGUAUUAUGGGGGGCAUCCAUCCAGGGGCAGAUAAAGGUGAAAAUAUUGUGAGCUUCUGCACAUACAGCCUGCUGGACUUUGAGAUGCACUCUACUCCUCUGGUGUCAGGAAGCCAGCCCAAUUAUGGCUUCACAUCCCGCUACUGCCUGACAGUCCGGGAUCUGGGCCGGCUGGGAGGUCAGGGGUCAAGAGUCAGAGUAGAGCUCCACCAGGCAUUAGGAGGAGUCCAGUUUGUGACCCACGGAAGUGGACAGAUGUCUCUAAUGGGUGCCAUAGAGAGGAGAGGAGAGCGUAUUGGUGGACACGUGAAUAUUACAGGACACGAGGGUGAAAUUGUUGGUGUUGUGGAUUUCUGGGCACGUCUGUUCCCUCCUGCAGAGCCUGUGGCCACUGUGGCAGAGAGUGGAGCUGACUGGAAAACAGUGAGACACAGAAGCCCUGUGCAGAUCACGCUUGGGUGGCAAGACAGCAUUCAUGAGGAGUUACAUGACUAUGGUGGAGGAAUCCCCAAUGAACUGGUGGUAAUGCUGGAACGCUGUGUGGGCCUCAGCGCUCGAUGGCCAGGACUACUUCCUGAUGCCUACCUGACAUACAGGCUCUACGACCUGCCGCCUCAUGUCUCUCAAACAGUCAAGUGCACAGCUGAUCCAGUGUUCAAUGACGCUACUAGCUACCCACUUGCAAUAACAACUGAUGUGCUGCAGUACCUCCGGUCAAGCAGUCUGUGGGUGUACGUGUUUGAUGACAGUGAUGACCAGAUACCGCCACCUUAUCUGGCCAAAACCCCAAUACCACUGCGGACCCUGGCUACAGGGAGAGAGAUCAGAGGGGAUUAUGUGCUGAGAGAUCCAGCCGGUGGACCUCGAGGCAUGGUCAGAGUAAUGAUGAAAUGGAAGUACCCAUUUCAGCCACCAGUGGAUGCCUUACUAGGCCGACAGGGAAGCAGAGUGGACGUGCAGGGCAGAGCACGGGAAAGCAGUGAAAGGGAGGAGAGGAGAAGAGAGAAGGAUGAUGCAUCACAGAGACCCAUAGCUAAGCCCAGAGUGAAGACUUGGAAACCUGAGCCUUUGCAGAAAGAGAUGAAAGCCUGGCCUCGGCCACCACCCACCAAGCAGAGAAGCUCACAGGAUGUGAGAGCAGAGCAAACCACUUCUGUGAGGCCACGGUCUACAGACAGAAAGAGGUCUACUAAGCUUUACCAGAGAACACCUCAUCUGACACCUGAGCCAAGACUGACCACACCUUCUCAUUUGCCAGCUACUAAGUAUUCAGAGAGGACAUCUUCCAGACAAUCACUCACCACUGCGUCGAGGGUCAGCUCUGUCAGCGAUGCCAGAACUCAGGACAUUUCCACUGUGGAUCAGGUGUCAGUGGUUGAGGGUGAAGAAGAGGACAGGAGUGAGAGUGCUGCUGCAGAGGACACUGAAGCCCCCGAAUCUUCAGAAUCAAGUUCCUCACAGAGUGACAUCAUUGUCAUACCACCAAAACGAAAAAUGAGGAAGGGAGAAAAGCUUCGAGUGGAGAUUCUGUCCCUGACUUUUGAACCUUCCUCACAUGUGGCGAUGGAUAAGUCAGUGCAGCGAGUGUACGUGGAAUAUCGGCUGCUGGGCAUCCCGAUGGAGACAACAGAAACACCCAUGUCCCUCCGCAAACCUACCGAAGGAGAGGAGAUUCACUACAACUUUACACGAGUGAUUUAUGUGGAUGGUUCACAGUCAACUCCACUUAGACGGUAUCUUUACACGAUGUUGGAGGGCACUGACCCCAACCAGGGCAGGUUAAGGUUCACAGUAGUCAGUGAGCCAAUGGACGAUAACGAGGAGUGUGUGGACGUUGGACACGCUUUUCUGAACCUACAGGAACUGCUGCUCACAGGAAAUGAUGUCAUUGAACAGCAGCUUGACAUUGUGAGCGUGGAUGAAGACGAGGUGAUAGGAAGUCUCAAAGUGUCUCUAGAAGCAGCUAAAGCUCUGACUGGGAUAUACCAGGAAUUUCACACGGAGGACAAGACUGAGAAAGAUGAGAAGACAGAUGAAGAAGAAGAGGAGGAAGAAGGGGAAGAGGAGGAAGACGAAGGCAAAGGCAAAGAAAAGAAAAAAGAUCAGUUACAAGUGAUAGAUUAUGAUGAUAACAGUGAUUUCUACUGAAAGUAAAAGUGAAGCAUGACGAGGAGACUUGCUUUUUCACUUCCCAUUUUAAAGUCUCAUCAACAUUCCCAAUGGAAAGAAAUAAAGAUUCAUUUUUGA